AGUCGCGGUAUAUUUGCUCGUGAUACGUGGGGCCGCACUCGGCGGCUUGUACGAUGUAUAUAUAUAGACCUUCUUCCCCGUCCGACGGUGCAAAGUGCAGCGGUUGCAGUGGCGCAACUGCCGCACGGUGACCGCAUCUCGCACGACCGAGGCGACACUCGCACCGAGCCGGCAUCGAGUUGCAGUUGCCAGUACCGUGAAGGUGUCAACGGACGGAUCCAGCGAAUGCUCCGACUGGGUGGGUGCACUGUACGCGACUGUCACCGCAUCCGGGAUGGUCUGCCGGGUCGGACGUGAUCGCGGGUGGAUUAGCUGCCGAACCCAAAACCUUCAUCGAUCGUCGGGUUCGGGUUCGGGUUGACCGGCGACAGCGACGACUUCUGACCGAUCCCGCGCCGUUCGGUACCUAACAGAAUCGCGCACUGAGCACCGUCCCUUACAUAAUUCACCCCUUUCUAAAACAGCUUCGGAACGUACACAGCAUGUGGACGGUGCGGCAUAGGUUCGCUAGCCAUCGGUUGUCCGGUUGUCCGGCAUUCCCGUAAACGCCACGGUGCAUCAUCACGUGAAUCGGUGGUGACGUAAGCGGACCCGUCACGUUUAUCUCUCUUGCAAAAAACGAUAAACCAAGAAAAGCGGAAAGAAAGCGCAAAGCAAAAACUAUUACAACUCAGAGCAAACAACUCCCAACAAGCAUACGAGUAGUGCAGUGCAGUAAAAGUUUGGAUGGGGUACGCAGAACGGGGUACGGCAGCUGUGUGUUGAUGUGUUGACACCGGCAGCUCGCAAACUUCGCCACGAGAUAUUAGGUGAUCCCAGCGCAGCGGUUCAAAGGUACGGUUCAAAGGAACUCCGGCACGAUGGACUUCCUGCUCGGUGGCUGUGCGGCUACCUGUGCCGGGUUCUUUAGCAAUCCGUUCGACGUGAUCAAGACGCGCCAACAGCUGCACGGUGAGCUGCUGCAACGCACCGGACAGUCGGUGGCGUCACCCGCUGGUGCUGCCACCACCACCACCAACCCAUACAGCUCAGUCGUGCGCUCCUUCCGUUCCAUCCUCCGCUCGGAAGGGGUGCUCGGACUGCAGAAGGGCCUGGUGUCGGCCCUCGCCUUCCAGUUCGCAAUGAACAGCGUCCGGUUGGGCAUCUACCAAACCGCGGAGAACUGCGAAUGGACGCGCGGUGAUACACCCGCCGCCACACUGCUCCGCUCGAUCGUCUGGGGCGGGCUGAGCGGUGUCGUCGGUUCCACCGUCGCCUGCCCACUGUACAUGGUGAAGACGCAGAUACAGGCCCGAUCGCACGGCAAGUACGCCGUCGGCUAUCAACAUCGCCACACGAGCACGCUGGACGCACUGUCCGGUAUAUACCGGACGCACGGUAUACGCGGGUUGUGGCGUGGCUACCCGGGCAUCGUCACGCGCACCGCCGUCGGGUCCUCCGCCCAGCUCGCUACCUUCUCCACCUGCAAGGAUCUGUUCGCCCAGUUCGACUGGGCACGGGAAUCUGUCGCGAUAACCGCGUUCGCCGCCAGCAUGGUCAGUGGGUUCUUCACCUGCGUCUUCAUGUCACCGUUCGACGUGAUCGCGACUCGGCUCUUCAAUCAAGGUGUUGAUGCGCAGGGACGCGGACUGCUCUACCGGAGCGUGGUGGACUGCUUCACGAAAACGUUGCGUGCUGAGGGCCUGCACGGACUGUACAAGGGUUUCGUGCCCAACUACUGGCGGAUCGCACCACACACGAUCCUCAAUCUGACGUUCUGGGACCAGUUCAAGGCAUGGCGAGAUCUCUACUACGGUUAACGAAUGCACGAAGUUAAGGAGGAAUUGGAAUCUUAGCGAUCUAUGCGAUAACUAGAACUCUAGAAGGUGAUCAUCUUCUUUCUUUUGGAUUGUCCGAGGAGAGAAUCUUCAUAGAGAACCCACAUCCUUGCCAAAGGAAGCCCGCUCGUAUGCGGGAACCACCACGGUCCGGGAACUGCACGAUUCGCCGUGAGCGCCUCAAGCCUCCGAAAUCUAUCAUCGGAUGGCCCGUUAGGACAUUUACGUCAGCGAUAGAAAUGAGUGAAGUAGAGCUUCUCAGAACUUCAAACGACCUUUGCGAGAAGGAGAAUUCUAGACAUAAGUACGCUCUUUCACAUCCAAGUGAAGUAGAACUUCUCAAGUUAACCCCAGAUUUUGUUUGUUUGUUUUUUUGUUUGCAAUAGUCGGUACCGUAACUGACUGGGGGGGGAUUCUAUAUAUAUAUGGUUUAUUACCACUGUAUAACUAAGCGCAACAUCAUAUGCUACUACUGCUACUUAAAGAUAGAGGCUUUGAAAAAUCAGAAAUAAACACGAAAAUUCAACAAACCACGAACGACAACUGCCUGGUUCGCGCCAAAUCG